GCCACUUUAGCAAUGAGUACGUGAAAAUGUGGGCGCCUUUAUUCCUGAGUCUUUUAGUUACACUAAACUAUGGCCACAGUGCCAAAAUUUUGGGAGUGUUUCCCUUGUCGGCCCGCAGCCACUACAUCCUCGGUAGUUCUUUAAUGAAAGCCUUAGCAAACCGAGGUCACGACGUAACCGUCGUCAGUCCUUUCUCGGAAAAACAUCCACCCAAAAAUGGAACCUAUCGGGACAUUAUUCUAACAGGAUUCGCCGAAGAGCAUGACAAAAAAAUCAAACAACUGAAUAUGUUCGGUAAGCGCAAAAUGCACCCGACUAUCAUGGUACCUUUGAUGUCCCAUUUCAUGGUGGCAAUGGCGGAAGACACUUUGAACCACACCAACGUCCAAAAAUUGAUUCACUCCGACGAAACUUUCGACGUCGUCAUUGUGGAAGAGUUCAUGAACCAAGCGCACAAAGCUUUCGCCACCCAUUUCAAAAGUCACUUGAUUGUGCUUAGUACCAUGGGUGCUAACGUCUGGGUUAACGAUCUAGUAGGAAACCCAACACCUCUAGCGUACGUGCCUGACUUCAUCCUCGGCUAUUUCAACCUGAUGACUUUUUGUGAAAGAGUUAUCAACACUAUUCACUACACCGUCAAACAAAUAGUCGAUCAUGCGUAUGUUCGUCCUAAGCAAGACCAACUAAUCAAAAAAUACUUCCCCAAUGGACCCAACGUGGAAGACGUAAUGUACAACGUAUCACUCGUUUUAGUGAACUCGCACCAAAGCACCAACUUCCCGGUACCAUACGUACCCCAAAUGGUCGACAUCGGUGGAUACCACGUCCAACCCCCGAAAAAACUACCAAAAGACUUGCAAGAGUAUUUAGAUAACGCCAAAAACGGGGUCAUUUAUUUUAGUUUGGGGUCAAACAUGAAGAGUUAUCUCAUGCCAGAGGAGAAACGUCAAGCUAUCAUUAACGCUUUCGCGAAACUAAAAGAGGACGUUUUGUGGAAAUGGGAAGAAGAUGAGCUCCCUGGGAAACCCACGAACGUGCGAAUUGCAAAAUGGUUGCCCCAGCAGGACAUUUUAGCUCACCCGAACGUGAAACUAUUUAUAACACACGCCGGUUUGUUAAGUACCAUUGAAACUAUAUACCAUGGGAUGCCGGUUCUGGCGAUACCUAUAGGGGGUGACCAAACUCUAAACGCUGAACAAAUUGCAAGUCAAGGGUUUGGAUUAGCGUUGUCUUUCCACGACUUAAAUGAAGAGCUUCUGAGUGAGAAGAUUAACCAGUUGCUAGGUAGUUCCACGUAUCGCGAUAACGCGAAAGUGAGGUCGCAGAUUUUCCAUGACAGAUUGAUGAGUCCCAUAGAUACCGCUAUGUAUUGGAUCGAGUACGUGAUAAGGCAUGGUGGUACUCGUCAUUUAAGAGUGGCGGCGCUGGAUCUACCGUGGUACCAAUAUUUUCUCCUGGAUGUUAUUGCCGUGCUAGGAAUAGCAGGCGCGGUGAUUCUAUACCUGACUUGCAAAAUUGCGAAAAAAGUGUGUCGUGUUUGUUCAAGGCAAAAGAAGCAAAAGUUGAAACGUCAAUGAUUUCUGUCUGAAAGUGUUUACACACAAAUGUGUUAAGUGAAUUAGGACGGUAAAAUCGACAACACAUUUUAGAAAUAAUAAAAGAUAAUUCUACUUAAA